GUCCAGCGCGGCUCCGGGUUCGUUCACGACAGUGUGGGCAUUUGUUUACGGCUGUUUGGGCGUUUGUUUGCGGCUGUGUGGGCAGAGCCGUCAGUUUGCGCUUGUUGUCCGCCGGCGGUGGCGCGAGCAAAGAGCAAAGAGGGGGCGAGGUGAAGGCGGAAGCGCGGAGAGUUGGCGCUGUGGCAGACGUGAUCUCCCCUCACACUCCGGCCUGAGCACUCGGAAUAUCCCCAUUCUCAUCGAGAUGUGUUCCCCUCUCGGCGGCCCCGCCUAGUUGGGGUGAGGUGGGGUGGGGAUCGAAGCUUUCGGACGUGUAGUUCUCCCCUCGGAUAUGAGGCUGUGAGAGCCGGGCUGCGGGCGAUGAACAGGCGCAAGAGAGCUCCGGAGCCCAAGGGCCAAGGAGUGGCCAAGGCCAGACAGCUUGGCUUGCUGGUCGACUACGAGCCAGACGGUAUGAUGGAUGUGAAUGAAAAUGAAGCUGACUUAGAAGCAGAACUGGCAAUGAUUACUGGACAGCAGAAGCCAGCUGGUAGAGGAAACACAAAAGGAAAAGCUCCACUCCCAAUGGAAGCGAUUGAGAGAAUGGCUGCUCUGUGCAUGAAGGAUCUCGAUGAAGAAGACAUUGAUGAUGAUGAUGUGGACGAUGAUGACGCAGACUUGAUGGCAGAAUUGAAUGAAGUCCUUGAAGAUGAUGAACCAAGUAUGAAUGUCACCCAACCUGCAGAAACAAAACCUACGCCUGACAGAACUUCACAGCUCAGUACAUCAUCUGUAGGCAGCCUGGAAGGCACCCUGGUGGAGAGGAUUGACAUGUACAAAUGUGCGAUAGACAAUGCGAAACAAUCUGGCGAGAGCUCCAAACUGCGAAGAUACGAACGUGGCCUUAAGACUCUACAAUCGAUGUUUACAUCUGUGAAGAAAGGGAAGCAGAUUGAUGAAGAAGACAUCCCACCCGCCGUGGCUUCCGGGAGAAAUAAUAACACAGCCACUCCACCCGCCUCGGAGACAGCAACACCCUCAACAGGGGAUCGGUCUUUGUUGAUCGACAUUUCUGUGCCCACAGAGCACCCUGUGCCACCGCCAAAGCCUGCAGCACCUGCUCUGCUACCCAAGCCAAAGAUGUCCGUACCCCAAGUUAUUGCUCCAUCAGCCGCAGAGCAAAGCCCACGGGCACUGCCGGUACCCGCAAAAAUAGAAACAACCAUCGCUGUGUCUAAUAACAAAGCAGUAUCAGUGAAUUCCAGCAUGAGGGAGAGUGCAAUGAGCAGGCAACGAGAAUACAAGCUGGCCGCACUGCACGCCAAGCGCAGCGGGGACACGGAACUUGCAACAAAAUACUACCAAAUAAGCAAGAAAUUUGAUCCUUUUCUUGCGGCACUGGAUGGAGGAGGGACAGUGGAUUUCAAUCAGCUGCCACCCCAUUUUGAUGCACCAAAGGACAAGCAAUCGAUCCCUCCUCCCUCUCAGUUGCCUGCUCUCUCGGCUCCGGCAGCGCCUCCAGCACAGUCAGUGACUGCAUCAGAAGUUCCCCCUCCCCCGAAAAAUAUCAUGGAGGCUCUUCAACAGAGAAUGGACAAGUACAAAUCAGCCGCUGCACAGGCAAAGAGUGCAGGCAACGACCGGAAAGCAAGAAUGCAUGAACGCAUCGUUAAACAAUAUCAGGAUUCCAUUAAAGGUCACAAAGCAGGAAGAAAUGUUAACCUCAGUGAACUUCCAGUGCCACCAGGUUUCCCACCUCUUCACGGAUCAGAGAGCGGCUCUCACAAUCAGACCAUUGUGGGAGUGUUGGAGAAUGCAAUGAAGCUGGCCAACCAGGAGGUGAAUGAAGACGGUGACCAUGAGGAUGAGCCAGCACAAAGGCCUUCUCAGCAAGCACUCUCCCGGGCAUCCACACCAAGGACAUUGCCAGCUGCCCCCAACGGUUCAGAAAGCCCAGCACCAAAGCAAAUGUCAGGCAAAGCUCAGCAGCAGUUGCAGUUCUUGCAGAACAGGAAAAAGCAGUUCAUGCAGGCAGCGCUGCAGAAGAAGCAGAAGAACGACAUUGAAGGAGCAAAGUUGUAUCUUCGACAGGCUAAAGGCCUGGACCUUAUGAUUGAAGCUGCUAAAGGAGGGCUGCCUGUAGAUAUUACCAAGGUACCUGCACCCCCGGAAAAUGAGGAAGACUUUGUGUUGGUGCGGCAAAGAGGGGUGAAUGUACCCCAGAAAACUGCUGAACAAUACGAUCACCUGAUGGAAGUUCUGAGAGAGCAGUAUGAGAAGUGCAUGAUGUACUCCAAGCAAUACACACACCUUGGCAACGUGUCUGAGACCACUAAGUUUGAGAAAAUGGCAGAUGAUUGCAAAAAGAAUAUAGAGAUCCUGAAGCAGGCACAUGCCCAGGGCUGCCCGCUGCCCAGGUACCACCAGGAGGAGAGGACCUUCCAGGUUGUCAAGAUAUUUCCUGACCUCUCAAACAGUGACCUGGUACUUUUUAUCGUUAAAGGAAUCAACCUGCCUCCUCCUCCAGGUGUUGCAUCAAAUGACCUAGAGGAUGCCUUUGUCAAGUUUGAGUUUGCCUUCCCAAACACGGAAGAAGCACAGAAGGACAAAACCAAUGUUGUGAAGAACACUAACUGUCCAGAAUUCCAUGAGAAGUUUAAAUUGAACAUCAACCGAGAACAUCGAGCAUUCAAGCGGGUGGUACAGACCAAAGGAAUUAAAUUUGAGAUACUUCAUAAAGGGGGACUUUUCAAGAACGAUCGUGUUGUGGGAACAACCCAGCUUAAGCUGGACAAACUUGAAUCGCGGUGUGAGAUUCGGGAAAUCCUGGAGGUUCUGGAUGGCAGGAAGACCACUGGAGGUCGGCUGGAGGUGAUUGUAAACAUCCGUGAACCGCUGAGCUCCCAGCAGCUCGAGAGAGUGACGGAGAAGUGGCUUGUCAUCGACCCCCAGAGCUUGCCAGUGAUGGCCGUUCCAAAGUCGAAGGAGAGGCAGGACACUCCACAGACGGGUGGAAGCAAACCUGCCUACGCUCUACAAAGCUUCAACAUACUGAAGUUUGAGAAAGAGCGGAUAGAAAGGAAGAUCCUCCAGUGCAAACAGGAGCACAAAGCACCACCAGAAGAGCUCCUGAAUCUGCAUCAGGACAUUAAACAGCGGAUCCAGUGGCAGAAAUCACAGCUGGAUCACAGAGAUGGCAAAGUUUUGAAAGAGUAUGUGUCCCAGUUGGAGAGGUACGUGCACCACUACACCGACGCAGCAAAGCGACUUGGUAAUGAAGGCAACCGGGAUUUGGCGAAGGAAGCAUUGGUUAAAAGGAAGCUGGUGAAUGACGAGUUGCAGAGAUUUAGACGGUAAUGUUCACCGUACCUGGACCGGUGCCACGUUCCCCCCCCCCCCCCCCCCCCCCCCCCCCGUGGCCUUCCACACCGAACCAUCAUUUGAAGCUGCUACAUCACACUACGCGUCUCUAAGCUUAGCCGGCGUUAUCUCGUCAGAAGACCUAUGAACUGUCGGCAUCUGGGAACGCUGCCUCCUGGGGCUGGAGCUUACAGGAGGGCCUCUUUCCCCUGCACGCUGGACAUGCGGCUGAAGAACAUUUCCUUCGCUCCAUAGAUGCUGCCGCACCCGCUGAGUUUCUCCGGCACGUUUGUCUACCUUCGAUUUUCCAGCAUCUACAGUUCCUUCUUAAACACCAGCUGAAGAACAUGUAGACUGGCAACUACAACUUGGAGACUCACCAAAAUGUGUCUACACCUGGCAUGUCCCUGUACAGAAGACACCUGGACGAUCUGUCAAUGGAUGCAGGAGAUCGCAAAUUGGUUCACGAUGCACCCUUUUGUUGUCAGAGUCUCUCCUUCCCCCCCCCCCCCCCCCCCCCCCCCCCCCCCCCCCCCCCCCGCCCUUGCAGUGCCUGACCUCCCCCCCCUGUCUAACAGCAGGAGAUGGUCACCGAUGCAGUACCUUGUCACUUUCUGAUGCUCGAGACAAUCUCCACGUGAACGGAUUACUGGCCCCACAGACAUUAUCUGCACCACCUACAACUCUCCAGGGAACUAUUGUGAUGAUCCAGCCUGAUUCAAAUUGCAUCUUAUCCCGAGGGAAUCUGGACCAUGCGUUCUAAUCGAGUCUUUCUUUCCCAAUAAUUGUUCUCUCCCCCCCCCCCCCCCCCCCCCAUUAACGGGUGGGCUUGAGUUCCUGGCCAGCUGCUGAUGUGUGACUGAUUUGAACAAUAUUUCCUAGUUGUCUUUGCAGUCACUGAACGGAGUUUUGUGCGGUGAGAAUGCACCUGUAAUGCUGCGUGCCCGCUGAUCUGCAUUGCCAGAGGAAAGUCGGGACAUCCUGGAUCCCAUCAGGAGUUAAUGUCUUUAAGUUAUUGAUCCUGUCGGUUUAGUGCUGAGGCUGCAAUAACACUAUUAAGUAGAACUGUCAAUGGGUUUCCAUGUGUAGUUGACUCGGUGAUAUUGCAAGCAACUGGGAAUGUCCUUGGACCCAGGAACAGAUUUCCCACAGUUUCAGGACUAAUUAGUGGGGAGAUUAAAGAAAGGCACGGUCUGUCAUUUGCCUUUGAGCUCUUUCCUAAUUAAGAGCGUAGCCCUGGCUCACUGCAGUCCCUCCAUGCAAUGUUGAAGCCUACACGCUGUCUCUGCCUCUUGUAGCUGGCUGCCAUUUACGAAACCUUGUUGGAACAUUUCAGUUAUGAAAAGCCUUCAUAAUAAGUGAAAUGUGAUGGUCGAAACAAAUGUGCAGCACAGCGGUAGAGUUGCUGCCUUACAGCGCCAGAGAUCCGGGUUUGAUCCUGACUGUGGGUGCUUGUCUGUACGGAGUUUGUACGUUCUCCCCGUGACCUGCGUGGGUUUUCUCCGGGUGCUCCGGUUUCCCCCCACACUCCAAAGAUCUACAGGUUUGUAGCUUAAUUGGCUUCAGCAAGGUUGUAAAUUGUUCCUAGUGUGUGUAGGAUGGUGUUAAUGUGUGGGGAUCGCUGGUCGGCGCGGGCUCGGUGGGAUGAAGUGCCUGUUUCCGCGCUGUAUCUCUAAACUAAACUAAAUUAAAAUGGAAGCCCUGCCAAAUGAAUGGCACUGACUUUGGGCCUGUGUUUAUCCAGGACUCUGCCUGGGGAUGAAGGGCAAUUUUCAGUAGCUGGCAGAAGGUCAUGGAUUUCUGUCUGUCUCUAAUAUUGUGAUGUUCAACAUAUAAGUAAGUAAGUAAGUUUAUUGGCCAAGUAUUCACAUACAAGGAAUUUGCCUUGGUGCUCCGCCCAUAACAUGACACACACUGACAGUUACGAAUGACUCAGAAAACACUAAACAUUAAUAAUAAUAAAACAUUAAUGAUAAAACACCAUUGAUCAAGCAUGUGAACCAACAAAAUACCAGAUCUAAGGGAGGCUACAGAUUUUGGGCUGUUGAGUAGAGCAACUACUCGUGGAUAAAAACUCAUUUUAUGUCUGGCUGUGGCAGGUUUGACAGUCCAGAGUCGCCUUCCACAGGGAAGUGAUUCAAAGAGUUUGUGGCCAGGGUGUGAGGGGUCAGAGAUGAUAUUGCCCGCUCGCUUCCUGGCCAAUAUUUAGACAAUUAGACAGCAGGGUUCCUUUGGGAUGUUCAGAUCUUUAGCCUGCUUUUGAAUAAAGUGAGUUUUUUUUAUUUGCUUUUCUGCUUCCCUUCCCUUCCCUGCUGAAGUUGCAGCCUACAUGUGGGGCUUGUUUCCGCAGCUCCCACAGGUGCCUUUUCCACUGCAUUGUAUCCCACAGUGGAGUUGAUUAUUUGAGGUAGUGCAGCUCUAAGCUUUAAGACAGAUCAAUAAGAAAGGAACUAUUUCUUGCAGUCGCACCCUAACUCAAGAAGCGUGCGCUGGUAUAUUGUAGUCCCUGUCUGCUAAUGCAUUGUAUGGAGUCCAAAAAAACCCGUUGGUCGGCCUUGGUAUAAGUAGACUCAGCGAAGGGUCCUCUGCUUUCAUCCAGCUCUUCCUCCAGGAUAGUAGCUCAGUACCUGUAAAUCAACCAGAGUCUGAAGGCCAAGGCAAAUUAUACAACAGAUCGAACACAAAGUGCAGGAGUAUCUCUGUGGGACAUGCAGCAUCUCUGGAGAUCAUGGAUUGGUGACUUCUCUUAACUUCAGAUAGCCUCUUGUUUUCUCUCUCCACCCCCUUCCCCUUCCUAGUUCUCCCACUAGUCUAAAACCCCGGUCCCACUUUCCCGAGUUACUCACGAAUUCUCCCGAGUUUUCCCCUCGACUCAAACUCGGGGAAUGUCCGUAGCGAGCCUUAGGAGGCCGUAGAAGUCCGUAGAUAUUUUAUAGCGGCUCGCAAUGCCAGCCGUAUGUACUCGGGGCAUCAGGUAAGUCGGGACGUUUUUUCAGCAUGUUGAAAAAUGUCCACGAGUAAAAAAAAAUAGUAGCCCCGAGAACCUACGGCUGGCAUCUCCGAGUUUGAAUCGAGGGGCAAACGCGGGAGAACUUGUGAGUAACUCAGGAAAGUGGGACAGGGACUUUACUGUCUACUCCUAUAUUCUGUCUCUGUCCCGCCCACUCCCCUGACAUCAGUCUGAAGAAGGGUCUCGACCCGAAACGUCACCCAUUCCUUCUCUCCAGAAAUGCUGCCUGUCCCGCGGAGUUACUCCAGCAUUUUGUGUCUAAAUCCUAUUUAACUGUGUGUGUGUGUGUGUGUGUGUGUGUGUGUGUGUCCCUAGCCUAUCAGUAAUAAUGUUGUGCCUUUAUUUUUGUCGUCUUAACUUAUGGAUAUCUUCCUGCACUGAUUAUAUGAUCUACAUAAAUGGAGAUGGGUGUUGGGGUGUAUUAUAGCUUUGAUCCAGGGUGAG